AUGAAGGCUUCCGUGUUUUAUGGCAAGCGCGUAAGCACGCAACCUCACGUUAGACCUCCCCCAGAGGACAGUGAAGACAGCUGUCUCAGUGAUAGUGCAGGCAGCAAUGAGGAAUAUGUUCCCAAGCCAGGUGAUGAAGAUAGUAGCAGUGAGAGCGACAGGAGUAGCACUGAUGAGAAAUGUGUGCCCAAGCCAGGUGAUGGUGAGAGCAGUAGCGAGAGCGACAGGAGCAGCAGUGAUGAGGAGGUUACUAGCACCAGUGCCCAAGCUGCAAGAAAGAAACAAAAGAGACGAAACAAAGAAAAAGUGACGUGGAAGAUGAUGAAACAGACUCAGAGCUCUGCAAAAAAUGUGCCAGUGUGGCAAAGUGCCCUCCCAGGCAGUGACUCAAUCACACUGCCUAUUGAUUAUUUCAGACAGUUUUUUGACACUGAACUUUUGGCUCUUAUUGUCAAUCAGAGCAAUCUGUACAGCACACAAGAAAAUCCAAACCAUGCCCUGAAAUUAGAUCAGAAGGAAUUGGAGCAGUUCAUUGGAGCUGUUUUGUACAUGAGUGUUAUCCGCUUACCUCGCUCUAGGAUCUACUGGUCUAAUGCAUGUCGUGUAUGUAUGUAA